AUGUCUGCCAGGAUUCCUGAUAUUGUAAAACAUCGCGUUAGCGAAAAGGCGAAGAAUACAUUGGAUAUUGUCGCCAAGUUUGUUGAAGAAGAGUGUAUACCAGCGGACCCAGUCGUAGACGCCCAGAUCGGCGAAGGUUCUUCACGAUGGGAAAGCCACCCUCCUAUUAUCGAAGAGCUAAAGGCGAAAGCGAAGAAGUUAGGGCUGUGGAACAUGUUUUUACCCAAGGGCCACUAUAAGGAAUCGCCAGGCUACACGAAUUUGGAAUAUGGCCUGAUGGCCGAGUGGCUGGGAAGAUCAAAAAUAGCCUCCGAGGCUACCAACUGCGCAGCGCCAGACACAGGAAAUAUGGAGGUCUUAGCUAAGUACGGCAACGACGCUCAGAAGGCCCAGUGGUUAAAGCCCUUGAUGGAGGGUGAGAUCAGGUCAGCCUUUCUAAUGACCGAGCCCGAUGUCGCUUCAUCAGAUGCGACAAAUAUCCAGCUUAGCAUAAAGAAAGAAGGGAAUGAAUAUGUCCUGAAUGGCUCUAAAUGGUGGUCAAGUGGCGCCGGUGAUCCCCGGUGUAAGAUCUACAUUGUGAUGGGCAAGUCGGACCCCAACAACAAGGACCCGUACAAGCAACAGUCGGUUAUACUUGUCCCGGCAAACACAAAAGGCAUAACUAUUCACCGUAUGCUUAAUGUCUACGGAUAUGAUGAUGCGCCUCAUGGACACGGUCACAUUUCUUUCCACGAUGUACGAGUCCCGGUGAGCAACCUAGUCCUCGGUGAGGGUCGUGGCUUCGAGAUCAUCCAGGGUCGUUUAGGACCAGGUCGAAUUCACCACGCAAUGCGCAGUAUCGGCGCCGCCGAGCACGCGCUUGAGUGGAUGUUGAUGAGAAUCAACGACCCUAAGAAGACUCCCUUCGGAAAGCAGUUGAGGGAGCAUGGAGUUAUCCUGGAAUGGGUCGCCAAAUCACGAAUAGAAAUUGAUGCGGCACGAUUGAUCGUACUCAACGCCGCCGUGAAAAUGGAUGACCUUGGCCCGAAAGCGACGUUGAAGGAGAUCGCCCAGGCAAAGGUACUCGUCCCGCAGACCGCAUUGACAGUUAUCGACCGCGCCGUCCAGGCAUUCGGUGGAGCAGGCGUCAGCCAGGACACGCCUCUUGCGAAUAGCUGGGCGCUUAUCCGAACUUUGCGGCUGGCUGACGGGCCAGAUGAGGUUCACCUGCAACAAAUGGGCCGGAAUGAGAAUAAAAGGGGCAAGGAAGUCUCGCAGAAGCUACUUUGGCAGAAGGAAAAAACAGAACAGCUGUUGAAGCAGAACAAUCUGAAGCGAUUUCAACCCGGGUCGAACAUCAAACCAAGGUUGUAA